UCAAUGGCUAUCAUCCAUUUAAUAAGGAUGCAGGGAAGACUUGGUUGACUGGACUUCUUUCACUCGUUAUAUAAUCGAGUCUAGGUUGAGUUGCUCUGUACAUAGCUCUAUUUCCUAUUUCACUAGCUUCAGAAUACCUCUCUUUCUCUCUUCAUGGAGUUUGCCAGCAGCAUUGCAGAUGACGUCUUGGGUAGGCUAGCUUCACAUGCUUCCCAAGAGAUCUCCUUUGCAUGGAGUGCCCAACUUGAGCUCACCAAGCUCAGCACCACCUUAUCUACCAUCAAACUAGUGCUCGAGGAUGCAGAGAAGAAGCAAGUGAGAGAUCCCCUAAUCACUCGUUGGUUAGGAAAUCUCAAAGAUGUUUGUCAUGACGUUGAUGAUGUCUUGGACGAACUGGACUUCCAAAAGUUGCGGUUGAAGGUGGAGGUCGACAAUUGUGGAAAGAUCAAAGGAAAGGUACGCCAAUUUUUUCCCCGAUGGAAUCCAAUAGUGUUUAACUUCAAAAUGGGACAUAAAGUAAAAGAGAUUAGAGACAGACUAGUUGAAAUUGAUAAUGAAAAGAGACAGUUUUCUCUCCUUGAGUUUGCUAAGAUAGCCGAAGAUCCUCGUGCGCCCCAGCAAGUGCACGGUGACAGGAGGAUGACUACCUCUAAAGUUGAGGCUUCAAAUGUUAUUGGAAGAGAUGAUGAUAAAAAACAGAUUAUCAAGCAUCUCUUGAAUGACACUGAUUUCUCCAGUGAGGAGAAUGUUUCUGUUGUUUCCAUAAUUGGGUUAGGAGGGUUGGGGAAAACAACACUUGCUAAAUUGGUGUACAAUGAUAGCAUGGUAGAAGAAAAUUUUGAGACAAAGAUGUGGAUAUGCGUCUCAGACAACUUUGAUAUUCAAACAUUAAUUCGAGGUAUUACUAAUGCUGCAAAUGGACCAAAAUGUGAGGAUGAAAGUUUGGAUCUUAUGGAAAGAAAGUUGCAAGAUAAUCUUAGAGGUAAAAAAGUUUUAUUGGUGUUGGACGAUAUUUGGGAUUCAGAGUCGAUUGGAAUAACAAUUGAAAAAUGGAUUCAUUUUAAAACUUUGUUAAAUGUGGGAGCUAAUGGAAGCAAAAUCAUUAUUACAACACGAAAUAAAUCAGUUGCUUUACUUGUGAGUCCCUUAUACAUGCAUUCUUUAGAAGGUCUUUCCCACAAAGAUUGCAUGUCCUUGUUCAUCCAAAGGGCAUUUAAAAGAGGACAGGAGCAGCGCUAUCAACAUUUGAUGGAAAUUGGAGAGGAUAUUGUGAAGAAGUGUGGAGGAGUUCCUUUAGCGGUAACUACCGUAGGGAGCAUGCUCUGUUUGAAUACAGAGCAAUACCAUUGGUUGCGUGUCAGAGAUGAUGACAUGUGGAGUAUAGGGAAUGAUAAUAUUCUACCUGCACUCAAAUUGAGCUAUGAUGCAUUGCCACAACACUUAAAAUCAUGUUUUGCAUUUUGUUCACUUUUCCCAAAGGAUUAUGUAUUCAGUAGUGCAAUGUUGGUUCCAUUGUGGAUAGCACAAGGCUACCUCAAGUCAUCUAAGAAAAAUGAAGAUUUUGAACAGAUGGGUAUAGACUAUAUAAGGCAGUUUUGCUCUAGAUCUUUGUUUCAAGUCGAGAUGGAUCUCAAAACAUUUAUAAAGUUUAAAAUACAUGAUCUAGUUCAUGAUUUAGCAAUUUCAGUGGCACAAAUAGAGUACUCCACAGUCAAUUUUCGUCCCUCUAGUGCUUUUGAAAUGGUUCGACAUGUGUCAAUAUGUAAAAAGGACUUACUUGGAGAAGAGGCACAAGUUCCUGAAUUCAUGCUCAAGUCAAACAAAUUGCGAACCAUUCUAAUUCUUGGAGAUGACCAAAUGAAUCAACGUUUUGUGAAGACAUGCAUCUUGAGAUUCAAAUGUAUGCGGGUGCUAAAUCUCAAUGGGUUGCCUCUUGAGGAGCUACCAAGUUCCAUUGGUAGUUUGUUUCAUUUGAGAUUCCUCGACUUGUCUGGUAAUAGUAAGAUAAACAGGCUUCCCAAUUCCAUCAGUAAGCUGCUGAAUUUGGAGAGCUUGUACCUUAGGGGUUGUGACGCACUUGAGGAGAUACCCAAAGACAUAGGGAACCUGAUCAACCUACGGAGCUUCACGAUAACAACACAGCAGACUUAUUUGCCAAAAGGAAUUAGACGUCUCACCUUACUUCAGUCUUUAGCUUUUAAUGGAUGUGUCAAUCUUAAAUCUUUGGGCGAAGAGAUUGAAUUCCUCGACAACCUUCGCAAAUUGUGGAUUGAUAGUUGUAAUAAUUUGGAAUGCUUGCCACCAAAUAUGAAACACAUGACCGCUUUAGAUAGUUUCGGUGUCAGUGAUUGCGAGAAGCUUCAGGUGAUGAUGAGAUCAGGGGAAGGUCCUCAACGUCUUCGAUCAUUGCUUAUCGAGAAUUCAAGUUUGGAGGCUUUGCCCCCUUGGCUCAUUGAAGAUUCUGCAGACACUCUACAGAGCAUAGCACUUGUUGGAUGUCAUAAUCUCAAGGCACUUCCGGAGUUGAUAAACUUCAGAUUCCUCGAGCAACUACACAUUGAAGAAUGCUCCAAAUUGUCGGCUUUGCCGCAAGGGUUGCAUUGCCUUACUGAGUUGAGAGGAUUGAGGAUUGAAGGGUGUCCUGAAUUGAGCAAAAGCUGCAAAAGGCAAUUAAAAGGUGAGGAGUGGUCAAAGAUGGCACGUCAGGUGAAGAUUACACUCGACGCUGAUGAUGAAGAAGAUGAAGCCGACAAUCGCUUGGCCGACGGUAGGAUCGCGUACCUCACAACGCGCCACCCGCGACGAUGGCGUUAGUCACCUCAAUUCGUCGUCUCCAGCUUGCAUUGGGUGAGUUUUUUGGGGUACGGCAGCUGACUGCAUUGUAACCACUGGAUCUUCAAAAGCAUUGGAAUUGAAUUAGGAUUUACCUGAUUUCAGGAAAGAGAUCCAUCUACUGAUUUCAGGUUCCAUUUCCCUCUAUUCCUCUGUUGUUCUGCAGCUAAUUUCUUCCCUAGUUUCCUCUCUCAGUUUGUGGCAUUUUCUUAUUUGGUUACUGAGAUGAAGAAGACGAAGAUGCUGGACAGAGAUGCUGGAUUUAUUUCUUUGGAGGACCUCUAGUUUUUAGCAAAUACAUUUUCGACAUCUUUCCAAUGCCUAUUGAACAAGCAAGGGGGAAAACUAGCUGCUUGGGAAUAUCCGUUUGUUCCAAUCAGGGUGCUUCAGAAUGAAGAAGUCCUACACCGCUGUAUUGUUUGAGCUUGGAUUGGUCAAAGAUGACACGUCAGGCAAAGAUUACACUGGACUCUUUUGUGGAUGCUGAUGAUGAAGAAGACAAAGAUGAAGGUACACCAAUGAUCGACUGAAGAUGAAGAAGAUGAAGGCACACCAAUGAUGAAGAAGAUGAAGCUGAAGGUCAAGAAGGAGCUUUCAAUGACAAUACCAAAUCAACUGAUACUUAGGCUUUCCAGCAGAAGCAUGCGUGCUGCCAUUGGAGGUGCGUCAAAAUGAAGAAGUCCUGCACUGCUGUAUUGUUUACUUAUUUUAUGCUUGGAUCAUGUUCGAGCUUGGAAUUAGAGAGAUGUUGAUGAACUCAAAAGUGAUGUGUGAUAAAGCAAUGAGAUUGUUCGAGUAGCUUCAUUUGUGAUGGUUGUGUGAUUUUACUGUAUGAUAAGGCAUAAGCUUGAAUGUUUUAAAAAGUUGAGAAAUGUAUUGUCAUAGUUGUGUGAUUUUACUGUAUGGUAAGGCAUAAGCCAGAAUGUUUCAAAAACUUGAGAAAUGUAUAGUCAAAUUUGAAGCUGA